AUGGUUGAUGCUUUUAAGCUAAUCCCUAUCCAUCCUUCUUUAUGGAAUUUGUAUGGUAUCCAGUGGGAUAGUCAAUUUUACACUGUCUUUCAUUUACUGGACGAUUUUUUAACAGUUGACCCACCAUCAUGUGAUGUUGAUCGUACAAUGGUUCUACUGACUCUACUGACUGUUGUUUCAUUGCUUAAAUAUCCCUAUCUCACCACUAAAACAGUGGGUCCAACCAAAUGUUUAGAAUAUCUGGGAAUUGAACUUGAUACUAUUGCCAUGGAGACACCCCUACCAGAGGAUAAACUUAAUAGGAUGCUUAAUUUGGUUGUUUCAUUCCUUGCCCGUAAAUCCUGCACAAAGCGCGAAUUACCAAGCCCCCUGGGACACCUGAAUUUCACAUGCAAGUUGGUCAUUCCAGGCCUGACAUUUAUUUCUUGCUUACUUGAAAUUUCCAAGGGAGUGAAGAGUUCAAACUACCAUGUGACAUUAUCGCCAGAAAGUAAACAAGACCUGCUGAUGUGGCACCAAAUCCUUUCUAAUUGGAAUGGUGUUUCAAUGUUUCUUGAGGCCAAAACAACCCUAGCAUCGGAUAUGCAGCCAUUCACAGAUGCCAGCAGCAUAAGGCAUGGCGGCAUUUCUGCGGUCAUUGGUUUAAUGAACGCUGGCAGCACGGACUUAUCCUUGACUCUGAUGCAGCACUGUUCAUCGCAUUUAAAAAACUGUACUCAAUCGUAG